CCCCUCCCCCAACCUCUCUCUCUCUCUCUCUCUCUCUCUCUCUCUCUCUCUCCCCCCCAUAAUCGUUUAUAUUUGCUGAAACAUAUUUCUGCGAGAUUCUUGAUCCUUCUUUCUUCCUGGUUCUUGAUUCUUCGUACUCUGUCUUCUUGAUUCUUGGUUCUUGUGGGAGUGUUGUCGGUUCUUGAUUGCGAUUGGGCGUUUGGGAAUGCAAGCGAGCAGGAGCGCGGGCAACAAUGGGGGAGGAGGGCAGGGUCGUAAUUUGCAGGAAACGAUAUUGGCACCGCUGGUCAAGACAGGAGGAUCUCCUAACAAGUCAUACGCCAUCUUCUCCUUCCUCAUCCUCCUCCUCCUCGGCGCCUUCUUCUCCUCUCGCCUCCUCCUCGACCCCUCCGUUCUUGUAGAAAGAGAAGCCGUAUCAACGACGAAAGCGACGGCGGCUCCUGCUGACGCGUCAUCCCGAAAAGACCCCCGCGAGAACACCGUAAUUACGGAAAAGCCACCGGAGUUCCCACUCACCUGCACUUCACUCUCCGACAACUCAACCUGCCCGAGGGACAACUACCCGACGGCAACUCUCGCCGGAGAUUCUCCUUCCGCCGCCUGUCCGGAGUACUUCCGGUGGAUCCACGAGGAUCUCCGACCAUGGGCAAGGACUGGAAUCACUAGGGACGCGGUGGAGCGCGCCAAAAAGACGGCGAACUUCCGGCUGGUCAUAGUCGGCGGGAGGGUUUACGUGGAGAAGUUCAACGAGGCUUUUCAGACGAGAGAUGUGUUCACGAUCUGGGGAUUCCUCCAGCUUGUCCGGAGAUACCCCGGGAAGAUUCCGGAUCUCGAACUCAUGUUUGACUGCGUUGACUGGCCUGUCAUCAAGGCGGCGGAAUUCGCCGGAGCCGAACCGCCGCCUCUGUUCCGUUACUGCGGAAACGACGAGACGCUGGAUAUCGUGUUCCCCGACUGGUCCUUCUGGGGAUGGGCGGAGGUUAACAUAAAGCCAUGGGAGGGAGUGUUGAGGGAACUGGGAGACGCAAACCGGAAGACGAAAUGGUUAGAAAGGGAACCUUACGCGUACUGGAAAGGCAAUCCAACCGUUGCAGAGACGCGCCAAGAUCUUAUGAAAUGCAACGUCUCCGAAGAGCAUGAUUGGAACGCUCGUUUGUACUCCCAGGACUGGGCGCGGGAGUCGAAGGAAGGCUACAAGCAAUCAGAUUUGGCCAGCCAAUGUGUUCAUAGGUACAAGAUAUACAUAGAGGGCUCGGCCUGGUCGGUUAGCGAGAAGUAUAUAUUGGCUUGUGACUCGGUCACAUUGCUGGUGAAACCCCGUUACUACGAUUUCUUCACUCGAGGUCUGCUUCCUGCUCAGCAUUUCUGGCCCAUCAAGGACGACGACAAGUGUCGGUCCAUCAAGUUCGCCGUCGACUGGGCCAACUCCCACGCCCGAAAGGCAGAGGAGAUGGGGAAGAAGGGGAGCGAGUUCAUCAUGCAACAACUCAAGAUGGAGUAUGUGUACGAUUACAUGUACCAUCUGUUAACCGAAUACUCGAAACUCCUCCGGUUCAAACCCGAGGUCCCUCGGCAGGCGGUCGAGGUUUGCUCCGAGUCUAUGGCUUGCCCGAGGGACGGAAACGAGCGCAAGUUCAUGAGGGAGUCGCUCGUGAAGAGGCCUUCCGAGACAGGGCCAUGCCUGAUGCCUCCGCCGUAUGAUCCGGCGUCGUUUUACUCUCUUAUCAAGAAGAAAGAUACCACUUUUGCCAGGAUCCAUGCAUGGGAGAGGAGGUACUGGCUCAUGCACAAGAAGAACCAAACUGGGAAUUGAUAGCUGUUGCUUUAUAUCUUCAAUUUUGUUAGAUUGAUAUAUAUAUUUAUAUAUAUAUAUAUUAUAACCAAUGUCCCACGAAUAUUUUAUUUUUUAUUUUGGUUAGAAAUUUGAUGUAUUACGUACACAAUUUUCUGUAUGUAUAUGUUAUUUGGUUAUGGGACUGUUGAUGUAACA